UAUGUAACCAACAGAAGUAUAUUUGAUAUUAUUAAUAUAGGAAACUUAAGUAUUGAACUCAUCUCCUAGAAUGAAAACAGAUCGAUUUGUAAGCACAUAAGCUGUAGCAAUGAGAUCUAUUCAAAAAGCAAUAAAGUAAUUUUGAGAUUCAUUUUAGAAAAUAAGAUUUGUCUUUUAUUCUUGGUUCCUUAAAUAAUUAUUAAGGGGCAUCCUAACAAUAAAAUGAAAGUGUAAGAAACUUUUAGAUUUUUAGUUAUAACUGUUUUAAAUGGAAGAAAAAGAAGUUCAUUUAAAAUUAGGAGAACUUAGAAAAGAGUUUGAUACUUACCACACAUCAUCUCUAUAUAAGGAAAAGGAGAUAUCUUAAUUUAAAGUAGAAAAUAAUUAUUAUUAUUCUUAAGGAUCAACUUCUAAAGUUAAAUUUGGAAGAAGCAGAGUUAAUAAAUAAUACAACAGAAUUAACAAAAGAAUUGGAAUGCUCAAAAACAGAAUAUAUGUAGGCUAAAUAAAGAUUUGAGGAAAGUUAGAUGAGUGAAAAAUCUUAUACACAUGUUAUAAAUAGAUUAAAGCAUGAUGUACUAUGUUUUAGAAAGAAAUUAAAUGAAAUGGGAGAUAUUUAUGAAAAGAAGAAAGCAGAAGCUAAUUAAGCAGAUGCAAAAUAAUGGGAAUCAAUAUAAUUAAAUCAAAUGACAAGAAAGUUAUGUGAUGAAAUGAUGAAUGUAUUUGUCUAUUGAGAUUUAAUUAUAUAGAAUAUUGAAAUAGAGAAGAAUAAUAGACAAAGACAAAUUGCAUAAUAUAAUAAACAAAUUAAGGCAUAAUUAAUAGCAAAAGAGAAAAGAGAUGAAAGAAUGAUAAAAUAAAGAGAAAUAGCAGAACAUGCCAGUAAUGAUAAGGAUGCAAGUGAAGUAAUUUAAUUAUUUAAUAUUUUUUAUAGAAAAAAUGGAGAAAACUAUUAUUAGCACAUAAAGUAGUUCAUUCUUUAUUGAAAAAUAAAAUGGAAAAAGAAAUGGAAAAAUUUUAAGUUGUAGAAACUGCAUUUUAAGAAAUUAAGACAGCUACAGGAAUUUCAGAAGCAUAAGAAAUAGUUUAAAAAUUUUUAACAAAAGAAGCUACAUAUGGUUAACUUUUAGGUACUAUAGCAGAAAAUGAAAAGAAAAUUGAACAUUUGAAAAGGAAAAAAGAAAAUUUGAAGUAAAAUUUUUAUUAAUUUUAGAAAUAAAUUUUAAUAAUUAAAAGAUGAAGUUUAAAUUAUGGAAAUGAGUGCAAAACCUUCAAAAAAGGGAGUAGAUUCAGAAAUAUAUAAAUAAUUUUACAGUAUUGAUGAUAGAGCAAAAAAAGCAGAAAUUAUGAAAUAAAAAUUAUAUGCUUGGAGUAUUAAAAUGCUAGGCAAAAUAGAGAAAGCAUCUAUGUAAUUUUUAGAUGAAAGAACAAAUUAUUAUCAUAUUUAUCCAAGAGGCAAAGAAGUUGAAUUAUUUGAAUAACUAUAAAAGUUAAUUUUUGAAGAUAUUGAACAAGCUAGACCUGAAGUAAUUUAAAUUAUUAUAUCAUUAGGAAAUUUUGUAAAUAAUUGGAGAAGUUAAUAGAUCCAAUAUUAGAAAUGAUACAUUAAAUGAGGAAUAUCUCAAAAAAAAUGUUAGAAUUAAAUAUAAAAAAUUGACUUAAAGAGAAGCUCUUAAAAGAACUAAAUCUAUGGACUCUAAAGCUGAUUUAAGCAAUAGAAGUUUUAGUUAAUUUGGAUAAUCUAGUGAUUCAAGUGCUGAAUAAUCAUAUUAUGAAUCAGAAUCUGAAGGAAAUACUAUAGAUGAAAAUAGUGAGAAGAACCAUUUUAAUUAUCUAAGGGAUGAAGCAAAAUAGGUUAAAAAAUAAAAGAAAAAGGAUGAUGGUUCAGAUGGAAAGAAAUGAU